AUGACCAGGGGUGCUUGGAUGUGUCGGCAGUAUGACGACGGCUUAAAAAUCUGGUUGGCAGCACCCCGGGAGAACGAAAAACCGUUCAUCGAUUCAGAGCGGGCUCAGAAAUGGCGACUGUCUCUGGCUUCUCUCUUGUUUUUCACAGUCCUGCUCUCUGAUCACUUGUGGUUCUGCGCCGAGGCCAAGCUGACCCGGACCCGGGACAAAGAGCAUCACCAACAGCAGCAGCAACAGCAGCAACAGCAGCAGCAACAGCAGCAACAGCAGCAGCAACAGCAGCAGCGACAGCAGCAGCGGCAGCGACAGCAGCAGAGGCAGCGACAGCAGGAGCCCUCCUGGCCCGCGCUCCUGGCCAGCAUGGGGGAGUCCUCGCCCGCCGCCCAGGCACACAGACUCCUCUCCGCCUCCUCGUCCCCCACCCUGCCCCCCUCCCCGGGAGGCGGCGGCGGCGGCAGCAAGGGCAACCGAGGCAAGAACAACCGGAGCAGGGCUCUUUUUCUAGGAAACUCUGCCAAGCCGGUGUGGCGCCUAGAGACUUGUUACCCCCAGGGCGCCUCCUCCGGCCAGUGCUUCACCGUGGAGAGCGCGGACGCCGUGUGCGCCAGGAACUGGAGUCGGGGGGCGGCCGCGGGGGAGGAGCAGUCGUCCAGGGGCUCGCGGCCAACUCCGUUGUGGAACUUGUCGGAUUUUUACCUUUCGUUUUGUAAUUCCUACACACUUUGGGAGUUGUUUUCGGGGCUGUCCAGUCCCAGCACUUUGAACUGCAGUCUGGACGUGGUGCUCACGGAGGGCGGUGAGAUGACCACGUGUAGACAGUGCAUCGAGGCUUAUCAGGACUACGACCACCACGCUCAGGAGAAGUACGAAGAGUUUGAAAGCGUGCUGCAUAAGUACUUACAGUCCGAUGAGUACUCGGUGAAGUCCUGUCCUGAGGACUGCAAGAUUGUCUACAAAGCCUGGCUCUGCUCCCAGUAUUUUGAAGUCACACAGUUUAACUGCAGAAAGACCAUCCCUUGCAAGCAAUAUUGUUUGGAGGUGCAGACGAGGUGUCCAUUCAUAUUGCCCGACAAUGACGAAGUCAUUUACGGAGGCCUCUCCAGCUUCAUCUGCACAGGGCUCUACGAAACCUUCCUAACCAAUGAUGAACCCGAAUGCUGUGACAUCAGGAGCGAGGAGCAAUCCGCACCCAGACCCAAAGGGACCGUGGACAGAAGAGACUCCUGUCCCAGGACGUCGCUCACAGUCUCCUCGGCCACGAGACUGUGCCCCGGCCGGCUGAAGCUGUGUGUACUCGUCCUCAUCCUCCUCCACACAGUGCUCACGGCCUCCGCAGCGCAGAACUCCACGGGGCUGGGCCUGGGCGGCCUCCCCACGCUCGAGGACAACUCCACCCGGGAAGACUAA